AUGACACUAAACUUAGGCUCCUCCUGCCUCUCUCGCUUCUUACAAUCCCCUCCUCCUCCACUCUCUAAACUCUCUCCAAAACCAAACUACACUACAGCAACUCUCCUCUCCCUCUUAUUUUCUUUCAAAGCCACACUGUUUUUUCCCACUGCAAGAACACCACCUUUAAAACCACUCGCUUCACUAAGCCAAUCCGAAAACGGUAUCGCAGACAACAACAACAACUCUGUUUUAUCACUAAAUGAAGACUCACUUUCUAGAGUCUCCGCUGCUAAAGACGCCAAUGAAGCAUUACAAAUAAUCGCUGAAAUCACUAACAAAAGCAACGGUUUAGUUAGCGUAACUGAUUGUAGUGGCAUCAUAACUGCCGCCAUUGAUCGCGGCAAUGCUGAUUUGGCUCUCUCUGUUUUUUACGCUAUGCGUUCCAGCUUCGAUCAAGGUGUUAGUGAGAUUGGGAGAUGGAAAUGGUCACGGCCUGAUGUCAGUGUUUACACGUCAUUAGUUCAAGGUCUUGCUGCGGCAUUGAAGGUUUCUGAUGCUCUUAAGAUGAUAGAUUAUAUUUGCCGCAUUGGUGUGUCGCCUAGCGAAGAGGUGCCAUUUGGGAAGGUUGUGAGAUGCCCAACUUGUAUGAUAGCUGUUGCUGUUGCACAACCUCAACAUGGCAUUCAGAUUGCAUCUUGUGCCAAGUGCCGGUACAAAUACGAGCUUGUUUCUGGGGAUAUCACUAGUAUUGACUCAGAAGCAAUCAGCAUGGAUCUUCCGGCUUGGGAAAGGGGGCUCAGAUUUUUGCAAAUAUUGAAGCAAAGUAUUCCUGCAGCUGUUCACUCCAUUGUGGUACAGACCCCUUCUGGUAUGGCACGAACACAGAGAUUUGCUACUGCAACAGUUGACCUUCCAGCACAAGAAGGUGAAAGGGUAACCAUUGCUUCAGCAGUUCCAUCAGAUGUCUAUAGAAAUGUGGGCCCCUUCAAAUUUAGUCCAAAGGCUCCCAAUGUCUACCCUGGAGAACCUAUGUGCCUGACAAACCAUGAAAAUGGUCGGGAGUCACUGUUGUUAAGAGCCCCUGUAAAAGAUGGAAAGUUAUCCUUGCUUAACCCUUCUGUCCUUGUUCCGCUUUUUACUGUCUUGGCCACUGGAGAUGCUGCAUCUGGUAUUAUUGAUCCCAGCUUGCCCCAAUUCCUUUUAGUUGCUGCUAUCUCUUCUCUUGGUGUUGGAGCUACUCUAAAUACACUGGUUUUCCCUAAAUUGAACCAGCUUCCUCAAAAGUCGGUGGAUGUAACUGCAAUCAAGCAGAAGCUGUUGUCUCAGUACGACUUAAUUCAGUCUCGCAUCAAGGAACUAAAAGAAGCCGCUGAAAAAGAGGUUUGGAUGUUGGCUCGGAUGUGUCAGCUGGAGAACAAAAUUUUUGCUGUAGGAGAACCUUCUUAUCGUGCUCGUAGAACUAGGGUGAAAAGGGUCCGAGAAGGAUUGGAAAAUUCACUCAAAGGGCGGAUUGAACUCAUUGAUAGCUAUGCAAGAAUUUCUUCAAUGAUUGAAAUUGAGGUUGAAUUGGACUCUGAUGUUCUGGCUGCUGAAGCAAUGAGCAAUGUGGAAAGCAUUGCUGAACAGAUACAGCAAAUCAUGGAGCUGGAAAAUCUUGAAGAGAGAUGGAGACUGAAAGCCGAAGCAAAUGACGAGGCUGAAAGAUUACUUAGUUCCCAACCUGUACCUACUGAGUGGGUUUAA